ACGGAGGUUUUGUUUAAGUAUUUGUAGGUUCAGAAAAGGAGAUAAUGUGGUGCUUAGAAGUUAGGCUCAUACCCUGGAUUCAAUUGACUGUGGUGGACCAAGGAAGCUAGAUGUAAGAAAGUAAAAUGUGGAGAUGGGAAGUAAAGUCCUUAACAGACAAAAGAGAGAAAGGAGAAUUUUAACAGUGUAGAAUAGUAGGGAACUCUGCAAUGGGGCUUAUAAAAAAGUCUUAAAAAUAAUUUAAGGCUUAAGCCUGUAAGUUGGAACCAGUUAAGAGGUUGAAAUGCGCUCACAAGUGUACUGAGGACCACUGGCUUUGUAUACAGCACAGGUUGGGGGGAACCAAAAAUAGCAUCGGUGAAAAAAUCUUUACCCUGCUGGGAUUUUUCUCAUGAGGCACUCUUGUAAUGCUCACAUGCUUGCUUUCCCACACUUGGUGAUCCUUUUGUUGAACUAAAAAUGUAGGACGUUGUUGAUUUAUGAUUUUAAAAGGCCACUUGACUGGAAAUUUUAUAGCAAACAUCAAUAAUACAUCAGAUACUGAGAAAAGAGGAAAAAGGAACCACAGAUUCCUACGUUUCAUAGGUACGAAAACAAUUUUUUUUUUUUAAUGGUAAAAGCAGAGAAGACAGAGAGCACUUAAGUGGAUAUUGAAGGGAAAGUCGGCAGAUUGAUCUGUGGACAAAAGUUUAAAUUAUUUUUUCUGAACUAACUGUGCAUACAGACUGUCCUUUACAUCGGCCUUUAAUGUUUGUUCAAUACUCUGUUAGAACACUGAGAAUCUUAAAUCUGCAACUCGGCAUCCAUUUGGCUGUAGGUAAUCCAUGAGUGGGGAGCCCCAGAAUGGGAGCGGUUGAAGAGAUCAAAAAAGUUGGAAUUGAUCUGGUUGUUCAGCACCAUGUCUAGCUUUACCUAGAUGUCCUACAGAUAUGUCAACAUCCAGUGGGUACUGUGGGUACCCUGGUGUAGUUUCAGACCCUAUGAGGAGGAAGGUGUCCUCAUCACCCUUUUUGGAACCUGCUGGUGGGUGGUGAGCCCAAAGUUUCCUGCAUGAGUACUCUGGUAUAUUGGGCUGUUGCAGAAAGGUGGCCUUUGCCUCCUCCUCUGCUCUUAAAAGCUGAGGGCUUGUUUGGUGCUUUGGAAAUCAACACAGACUUGACAAUCACAUCUAAUAACUGUAUCUUGAGUGUGUCAAAAUGCCAAACCUGUAGCCCUGAAAAUGCCAGAGCCUCUGGGAUCUAAAUAUGAGUGCAAUGUUUUUACUUACCCAAGGCUGAUUCCAGGAAGCUUUUUCUUACCCAUUUUUUUGAACUUCUUUCAAGGUUCCUAACUCAGCUCAUCCCUUGGCACAGAGGACCAAAGGUUCUUAACUGGGUUCUGCAUUGGUGUUGGAGAAAGAGAAACUGCUCUAAGUUACUGAAGUCUGCUGUGUAUGUUGAAACUUCUAAGCCCGGUUCAUUUCCAGUGUAAAUUGCUUAAGGCCACAUAAAACCAGAUACUACUCCUUGUUUAAGCCAAAUAGAGAGGUUUUCCAGAUCACUUGGCUCCUGUUUCUUGCCUAGUAGUACCUCCUUCUCUGUGGUUUUAAAGUAAAGAACAGCUUGAUUUUUUUUCAGUUCAGCUCAUGCCAAAUAGUCAUUUGAUGUGAGUGGACAACCUGUACCUUAUUUUCUGCAUUACACCAAGAGAACCCAUGGAGAGAUACAGGAUUAAUGAUAAGUGGGAUACCAUAAAAAGAGGAUGCAAGCAUUAGUGGCAGGUUCUUAAUUAGUGUGCCAGAAACUUCCAACUGAACUACCACACUGCCAUUAUUUUUUAGUAGAGAGCCCUUAAAAAUAUCCAGGUCUUUCAGGCUGACUUCUAAUAGUAGCACUACAAGAAUUUAAUAGUAAAAAUCUAGAGAGCAAAUAUUUGCCUUUCUGGCUUUCAUGGAUUUAUCUCAAUUGGCCUUCAACUGGUCACACCACAAUCUGCCGCCCACAGCCUCUGAUGGAAGAAGUCUGCAUUUAGUAACAUAAAUAUUGGCUGGUUUAUAUCACACCCAUGUCAAGGUGACCCUGUUGUAUAAAGACUCAUUUCCCUUAGCAGCAGUCUCUGUGUCAAGUGCUGCAAGAAUGAAGUUCCUGGCCCUGCUUUUCCUGCUGUCAGUGGGUGCAGCUAGCACUGAGGUCUCGCCCCGGGCUGUGUGGCUGUUCCGCAAAAUGAUCAAGUGCACCCUGCCGGGCAGCUACCCACUGCUGGACUUCGCUGACUAUGGCUGCUACUGUGGCUUGGGGGGCACCGGCACUCCAGUGGACAAGCUCGACAGGUGCUGCCAAGUACAUGAUAACUGCUACACCCAGGCAAAGAAAAUGGAAUCCUGCAGAUUCCUCCUGGACAACCCCUACACUAAGCUGUACCAGUUCAGCUGCUCUGAUGGGCAGAUCACAUGUAGCAGCAAGAACAAGGAGUGCGCCUCGUUCAUCUGCAACUGCGACCGCGCCGCUGCCAUGUGCUUCGCCAACGCGCCCUACAACCCCGAGUACAAGAAGCUGGACACCGAGAAAUACUGCAAAUAAUCGCCCUCAUGUGCCUCAGGGCGGCCGCAGGACCAAAUA